AUGGAGAAAUGGGUUCUUGUUCUUUUCCUGGUUUGGAUGAUCCUGCUGGUGCAUCCUUUGUCAAAGAUCUCUGCUAACAUGGAAGGUGAUGCUUUGCACAGCCUCCGGGCUAAUUUACUCGAUCCUAACAAUGUCCUGCAGAGUUGGGACCCGACACUUGUUAAUCCAUGCACUUGGUUUCAUGUUACAUGUAACAAUGAAAACAGCGUUAUAAGAGUUGAUCUUGGAAAUGCAGCAUUAUCCGGUGAAUUAGUCCCAGAUCUUGGCCAGCUCAAAAAUUUACAGUACCUGGAACUUUAUAGUAAUAACAUAACUGGACAAAUUCCAAGUGCUCUUGGGAAUCUGACAAAUUUGGUGAGCUUGGAUCUUUACUUGAACAGCUUCACUGGUCCUAUUCCAGACUCAUUAGGCAAGCUGACGAAACUGCGUUUCCUCCGGCUCAACAAUAACAGCCUGUCAGGUCCAAUACCUCUGUCCUUGACAAAUAUUACAGCCCUGCAAGUCUUAGACUUAUCAAACAAUCGUCUAUCAGGGCCUGUUCCAGACAAUGGCUCGUUUUCACUUUUUACUCCCAUCAGUUUUGCGAAUAACAUAGGUCUGUGUGGCCCUGUUACUGGGAAGCCUUGCCCUGGAUCUCCACCAUUUGCUCCACCACCUCCAUUUGUUCCACCUGCAGCGGUUUCUUCUCCAGGUGAAAAUAGUCCAACUGCAGCAAUUGCUGGAGGAGUGGCUGCUGGUGCUGCUUUACUAUUCGCUGCUCCAGCUGUUGGUUUUGCAUAUUGGCGGCGAAGAAAACCACAAGAAUUUUUCUUUGAUGUACCUGCGGAAGAAGAUCCAGAAGUCCAUUUAGGACAGCUGAAAAGAUUUUCUUUACGAGAAUUACAAGUUGCAACUGAUACUUUUAGCAACAAGAACAUACUGGGCAGAGGUGGAUUUGGUAAGGUGUAUAAGGGACGCUUGGCUGAUGGCACAUUGGUGGCAGUGAAAAGACUUAAAGAAGAGCGGACACCUGGUGGAGAGCUGCAAUUUCAAACAGAAGUGGAGAUGAUUAGCAUGGCUGUGCAUCGGAAUCUCCUGCGUUUACGUGGUUUUUGCAUGACUCCAACUGAGCGACUGCUUGUUUAUCCAUACAUGGCUAAUGGAAGUGUUGCAUCAUGCCUAAGAGAGCGGCCACCAUCAGAACCACCCCUUGACUGGCCAACUAGGAAGAGAAUUGCAAUAGGGUCUGCUAGGGGCCUUUCAUAUUUACAUGAUCAUUGUGAUCCAAAGAUCAUUCAUCGUGAUGUGAAAGCUGCAAAUAUAUUGUUGGAUGAGGAGUUUGAGGCUGUUGUUGGUGAUUUUGGUUUAGCUAAACUUAUGGAUUACAAAGAUACCCAUGUCACUACUGCUGUACGUGGCACCAUUGGGCAUAUUGCCCCUGAGUAUCUCUCCACGGGAAAGUCAUCAGAGAAAACUGACGUUUUUGGUUAUGGUAUUAUGCUUUUAGAGCUAAUCACUGGGCAGAGGGCGUUUGAUCUGGCUAGGCUUGCAAAUGAUGAUGAUGUUAUGCUGCUUGAUUGGGUUAAGGGACUCCUAAAAGAGAAGAAACUGGAAAUGCUGGUUGAUCCCGACCUGCAGAACAACUAUGUCGAUACUGAAGUUGAGCAGCUCAUCCAAGUAGCACUUCUUUGCACACAAAGCUCCCCGAUGGAGCGACCUAAGAUGUCUGAGGUUGUCAGAAUGCUUGAAGGUGAUGGCUUAGCAGAAAAAUGGGAUGAGUGGCAAAAGGUGGAGGUGGUCCGACACGACCUUGAACUUGCCCCACCCCGAAAUUCUGAUUGGAUUGUCCACUCUACUGAAAAUCUCCAUGCUUUCGAGUUAUCAGGUCCAAGAUAACGUUAUAGUUUGAUAGAAAGGGAAAUCAUUUACUUUUUUCACGCUUUUUAUAGGUAAACUUAUCAUUCAUUCUUCUGUAAGUUCAUCGUGUAAUCAGCAUAUCACUAAUUAUGCAUAUAAAUGGUUUUAGGGUCAAUUCAAUUGUAUGCUUAUCAUUGAACAAAUUAAUGAAAUAGUUUCAUCUGUGACCUGAAAGAAGUUGCUUAUUUUGGUUUACA